UCUCCGCAGUUCCAUUCCAAGUGACCAUUUUUUUCCCCUUCGAUCCUUCUCGUCCGGGAGAUGGCAGAAGAAACCGCUCUCUUCCCCGUGGGCGAUCCGGACUCGCCGCUGACUCCAAAGAGGCAGCAGCGCAGGAGCUUCCUCUCCCGGCUCUUGAGAGGCAUCUUCGCCGCGGACAAUGACAUCCAGAAGAAGUUGGAGCACAUUUCCAAGGAGGAGGCAUCGAUCCACUCCCGUUUGAAGAGAAGGGCGCAGUCGUCUCGGAAGAUCGCCAAGAACGUCAUCUUCCUCUCCGUCAUUAUCGAGGUUGUAGCCGUGAGCUAUGCUAUAGCUAGCACAAGAUCAGAAGAUUUGGAUUGGAAGAUGAGAUCUAUUCGCGUGUUGCCUAUGUUUAUAUUACCUGGCUUGUCAACUGUUAUGUACUCAUCACUUUUGAGCCUCACAAGAUUGCUUGAUAGGAAGGACCAGAAACACCUUGAGAGGCUUCGUGCUGAGAGGCAAGAAACCAUUGAUGAACUCAAAGAGAAAACAAAUUAUUACACUACACAACAACUUAUUCAGAGGUAUGAUCUUGAUCCUGCUGCUAAGGCAGCUGCAGCAACUGUUUUGGCAUCUAAGCUCGGUGCCGAUUCUGGCUUAAAACUCCAAGUAGGAGAUGAAAUUUCCGAUCCAUCAGGAAAAAGUCACGAUGUUGAGCUACUGCAAUCUUGUGGGUUGCGUAACAGGAAACCAUCACAUGUAAUAGCUCCCAAUGCUGGGAGUAACACAACUUCUGAGUUAAUUGAUGAAGCCUUUAAUGAAUUUGCCACCAAUCCAAGAAUUAGCUCUCCAAAGCAAAGAGUUGUGGAACCCUUCAAAGCUUCAGUCUUCAGCGAAGGGAGUUGGCUUUCUCGAUUAGCAGCCUUGCUCGUGGGAGAGGAUCCAACUCAGUGCUACGCUCUGAUUUGUGCCCACGGUCACAUGCACAAUGGUUUAGCCAAGAAAGUGGAUUUUCCCUACAUAACCUAUUACUGUCCCCACUGCCAUGGAUUAAAUGGACAAAGGCAUCAGGAAGAACAUGAAAUGAGUUCUGGUUCUGGAAAGAACACACCUACCUCUUUAACAGAUAGCGAUAAUACGUAUCAAAGUGAGAACAACACCAAUUUAACUACUAAGAAUGCCACCGCAUUGGUAAAAGAGAAUCAUGGAGAUGCUAGUGAGAACAAGUAUGAUGAUGCGACUAGAAUUUCAGGUUUGUUAAAUGAAAAAACUGGUGAGAGAGAGUUGGUUAAUCCUGUUAGUUGAAAAGUUGUGUUUCUUUGAGAAGGUAGCCUUUUUCUCUUUGUUAGAGUGGAAAUUGCUUCUCACGUGUAUAUUAAAACCAAUCGGUAGAUGGUUGUAAGUAAUUACAGAUUUGCUCCUGUCCAUUUGAUUCGGUUCUGAGGUGUAUUCUAUUUCUGAAAAUAGACGGCCUUGGUAUUUACUGUGUUUAUUUUGG